UCAUAUCAGGUGUGUUGGAGCAGAGAAACAAGUAAAACAAUCGGGGCUGCGGAUCCUCCAGGACCAGGAUUGCCCUUGCCUUUGAUGUGGCGUCUCCAGUCUUGAUGCUAAUAUUUAAACCAAUCAUUUAUUACAGUUUACGCAGUUUUUUUUAACAAGAUAUGCCUAUGGCAUGGUCUGUUUUCCAAUGAUGAUAAAUGUUCAUUGUGCAGCCCUAUUCCAAACUCAAAUAAAUAUUUCAUUAGCCGGAUCUGAUAGUCAAAGGUGCAGUGUAUUUGUUUUAAGAAGAUUAGGACCAAAAUGAGAUAGCAUUAGUUCUUUCAGACAUGUUGACUGAAUUCUAAACAGAAAGUAGAACUUGGACAGUUAUUUGGCCACACCUUCAGGUGUUUGGACUGGACUCCUUAUCUCAGUAAGCACCAGUAUUUUACCUUAACAGCUGUAAAACUGACAGAGUUAGCACUUGGAGAAUGUAUGGCAAAUGACUCCCAGCUACUGUCGAUUGAAAAAAGUUCACUUUUGCUGCACCUCUGCUACAGCACUGCAAAUGUAUGUGCCCACCCAGGUGUGCAAUUUCAAAAGUUGUGGUGAAGAUCACAUGUUUGAAAACUAACCUGUAUAUUCUCUGCUACCCAUCCCCCUGGUCUUUCUCGGGUCUGCCAGUGGUUUAAUGUUGAGACUUAGAAUCCGUUUGUCUCUCUAAGGCAGAGGUCCUCAAACUGGGGUCACGGGACCCCCAGGAGUCUGCGAGAGGUUUCUUGAGGGUCCCAAAAUAAUUUCACUAAAUUGUCAAUUUGGUUUUUAUUUUUAAAAAUGCAUGGGGAACAAUGAAUGAAACAAACAUAAUUUACUAAAUAAAAAUAUAUACUCCUGUUAUUUAAGGGUUGAAAUGGCAAUAAAUCAUCUUUCAAAACAGCAUGGGGUUUAUGAGGGGUUCCCUGGAAUUUUUUCAUCCUUGUAAGGGGUCCCCAGACCCAAAAAGGUUGAGUACCCCUGCUCUGAGGGGUCAAGGUCUAAAUUUAUCCAGUGAUCCUUUGUGGAUCAGCUGAAGAGAAACAUGGAUGGAUCCUGGAAAAGCAGCAGGUGGUUCACAGUUAAGUUUCAGGGAUGAAUAAAUCCUGUAGUUAGCAGCUGCUUCUCUGGUAGAACUUCAUUAUUUGGACUAUUUCCGGUUGUUUUACCUCCAUUUUCACUUUUCCUGCUCUUGGUUGUUUUCUUUCUCAUACUCUGUUAUCUGGAUGUGACCCAAAUGUUCCUCUGCAAACCCAGACAUCAGUUUCAAAGCCCGAUCAAAGCAGACUCUUCCCCACUCUGUUGUUUUUGCCCUCCUUUGGCAGCAAACUCCAAUAUCAGCACUGGCUCGUGUAAGGGAAUUUGUCCAUUUGGCAAAAUGUUUAAACCCCUCCAUUGUUGGGCUUUUGUUGCCUCUGCAUCGGGAUCCCACCACUCUCUGCGUCAGCCAUAUAAAUCUGGGAGUCUAAAUUUUUCCACUCUUAAACUUUGGGAGUUUUGAAGAAGUUAGGAGAGGAAAAAUGUCUCAAUACUCUGGAAAAAUUGUGUUCUAUGAGGGAAAAUGUUUCACUGGGAGAAAGCUGGAGCUCCGGAGCGACUGUGAUAAUUUCCAGGAUCGUGGCUUCAUGAACAGGGUCAACUCUGUCCGUGUGGAAAGCGGGGCCUUUGUCUGCUUCGACCACCCAGACUUCAAGGGCCAACAGUAUAUUCUGGAGCACGGAGAGUACCCUGAAUUCCAGCGCUGGAAUGCCCUUAACGAUCACAUGGGCUCCUGCAGACCAAUCAGGAUGCACGGAGAGCACUACAGGUUGGAGCUGUUCGAGGGAGACAACUUCAGCAGCCAGUGUGUGGAGCUGUGUGAUGACUGUCCAUUUCUGAAAGCACGAGGCCUGACCAAGAACUGUGUCAACUCCAUCAAGGUUUAUGGAGACGGAGCCUGGGUGUUGUACGAAGAGCCAAACUACCACGGCCGCAUGUACGUCGUGGAGCGAGGAAACUACUGCACCCACAAGGAGUGGCAGGCCGAGAAUCCCACCAUCCAGUCUGUUCGCAGGGUGGCCAACUACUUUUAAUGCUACCUCGCCAUCAAAAAGCAAAAAUCACGGACCAGGAACAAUAAACGUCAUCAUCUCUCGCCGACUUUGCAGCACAAUAAUAAAAACGUUUAGAAAAUGUUUGA